CUCUCGGACGAUGCUGAGCCGGCUCCAGGAGCUGCGCAAGGAGGAGGAGACGCUGCUGCGGCUGAAGGCGGCUCUGCACGACCAGCUGAACCGCCUCAAGGUUGAAGAGUUGGCCCUUCAAUCAAUGAUCACUUCUAGAAGAGGAGAUGAAAUGCCGUCUUCGCAGUCUGCACCUGAACGGUCACAAGAGGCGCCGUCCGAGCACGUGGACAACGAAGCUUCCAUCAACCAAACCGCACUGGAAUUGAGCACGAGGAGCAGAGCUCUGGACGAGGAGGAGGAGGAGGAGGAGGAGGAAUCAGAUCCCUGAAGGGUGAAAGGACCAAGAGCUGUUGCACACAUUAAUCCCGAAGGCCCAGGAACCCUCCACAGGCCUCGGGCUUUACGGACUGCUUGAAAGGGCACGGGAACAACAGAAAAAUCCGUGCAAUUGUAAAAAUAGCUCGAUUGAAAUCUCAAAACUUCAGGAUGUUCUAACAGAGCAGAAAAUUUAAGACGUGGUGUCUGAGCAUUAAAUUAUGUGAGGGGUGCUAUGUCCAUGAUCUGGUCGAUUUGGUAAUUGUGUUUAAAACAGCAAAGCACCCUCUGAGACACUAUUGAAAACGCCUGGCAGGAACAAUAAGGGCAGGGUUUAAAUACAAGCCAGCGUUCCAAUCAACAGUGGCUUGUUGAAGUAGCUCUUUCAAUUGGUUCGUCCUCAUUUGACACCCUGCUGAAAACUGGCCUAUGUAAUAAUCCCUUGGAGAUCUUGUUGAAAUGAUUCUAAAUUCAGUAAUCUGGGGGGUCAGAAGAUUCUCGGCAGGGGGUCAGAACAAACCUGUUCUCGUAUGCAGGGGCAUGUAGUAGGUUACUGCUCAGAAACCCACAGGGGCCGUUCUACUCUGCCCGACAGGAUCGCUGUGAGUCGGAAUCGACUUGAUGGCCGUGAGUUCGGUGAAUAAAAAGUAGCUUCGUGCCAGGGCUUUGUACUCGCCUGGCCGCCCUUUCAGAAUUUCAUCCGAGUGAUGUACCAAGUGGAAGUGAGCUAUUGGGAAGUCAAUGGUGACCAAACGUGGCCUGGUCACACUCACUUUGAACCCUUCAGUGUGGGGUAUGCGUACAAAUAUAUUCUAGUGAGCUGGUUUCCAGAUACCGACAGAACUGGGUUCGUUCUUCCUGUGGUGAAAGCAUUGUGGCGGGUUGUCUAAAACCUGUCCCGAGCCUUCAGAGGAAGGGUGCCAUUGCAGAAGUCACCCUGCUUGGGAGAUUCGUUGUAUAUGAUAAAGGAAUUACAUCUACAGAGUAAGCAUUGUCGGGACUUGGUUGUUGAAGUCGAGGUCCCCAUUGUCCACUGAGUAUUCAAGGGGGCUUCCAACAUCCUGGGAAAAUCCCAUUUUAGUCCCAAGUUAAAAACUUUCUGAAGCUCCUCAGACCAUUGUCAAUUUUGUGAAAUGAGUCUGCCCCGCCCAGCUCAACAAAAGCAAAACCCUAAGAGGCUCGAGGCAGCACUCCUUCCUGACUGCCCUGCAAGAGAAGAUCCCCUUCCUAACUGCCCUGCAAGAGAAUGCGGAUCCCCUUCCUGACUGCCCUGUAAGAGAAUGUGGAUCCCCUUCCUAACUGCCCUGUAAGAGCAUGUGGAUCCCUUUCUUAACUGCCCUGCAAGAGCAGGCGGAUCCCCUUCCUAACUGCCCUGUAAGAGCAUGCGAAUCCCCUUCCUAACUGCCUUUUGAUGAGAGCAGUUUUGAGGAACUCUUCUAAGGAAGUAGCCAGAAGGGUAAAUGAGCUGUUUCUUGGAAAACCCAAUAUGAAAUGUUUUUUUAAAUAAAAAAACAAGGUGCAGAUUUUGGAGUGUAA